CAUUAUGUAACAUGGAAGCGUAAUUAAACUAGAUUUAUUCUUUUCUGUAAACAAUAAUUUCUCAAAUACGAGAAACUAAAACCUGGAGGCGAUGAAACUUAAUAACUGAAAGAGAAGAAAUAGGGCAUUUUCAAGGACGUGACCAUGGGUAAGGGCUGUAAGGUGGUGGUUUGUGGCCUGGCCUCCGUUGGUAAAACAGCUAUUCUUGAACAGUUACUGUAUGGCAACCACACAGUAGGUGCAGAAUCAAAUGAAACCCAGGAAGAUAUCUACGUCGCCUCGGUUGAGACGGACCGUGGUGUUAGGGAACAGUUACGGUUAUACGACACCAAAGGGCUCAACGAUGGCCAGGAACUUCCAAAACACUACUACUCUGUAGCAGACGGCUUUGUUCUCAUCUACAGCACCGACAGUCUGGAGUCCUUCAAGAAACUGGAUGUCCUGAAGAAAGAAAUCGACAAAUCCAGAGAUAAAAAAGAGGUGAUGGUGAUCGUACUGGGUAACAAGACAGACCUGCGCGAGCGGCGUCAGGUGGAGCAGGAUGUGGCUCUGCAGUGGGCCCGAGCUGAAAAGGUGAAGCUCUGGGAGGUCAGUGUGACCGACAGGAGCUCGCUCAUCGAACCCUUCACUACACUCACCAGCCGUCUCACUCAGCCUCAAAGCAAAUCCGCCUUCCCCCUGCCCGGCCGCAAGAGCAAGGGAACUCCCGCCAACGACAUCUGAUCCUGGCGUUAAAAAAAGCAGAGAGCACUUAGCAGGUCAUUGAGAAGCAGUAAGCACUAGAUUUAUGGUAGAUCUUAAUAACAAGCAGCUAAUAAUUUAAACUUGAAUAAAAAUGUAGAACUGUGGCAGACGAUAGAGGGAUAGUGUUAAGCUCAUUUCAUGAUGUUUAGAAAUAAAGACCCAGACUGUAUUUAAAUGGAUGCGUUUGGGAUCAGUCAAAAUGCAUAUUGGGUUGACAGACAGGGUGCUUUAGCUUCAGCUAUUCUGAUAAGGUUUGAUAUUGGUCAUUUUAUAAAUAGCUCUUCCAACAGCAUUGAAAUACAACUGUAGGGCUUACAGCAUUUCAGCUUCAGCACUUGAAGCACAGGUGCUGUAUUACUGUAUUACUUCCGUUUUGUAGCAAUAGGCUUUAAAGUAUUUUGUUUUAAUAGAUUCUAUUUGGGUGUGGAAAAGUUAGGGUACGUGUCCACUUGCGAAUUUGCCUUCCUAAAUUCUGUUUGUUUCCACAGGGUGCAUGAUAAGUGGGUCGGCACACAGGUGAGAAAAUUGCGAACAAAAAGUGAUGAGAAAAGGUAUAGAUAAACUUUUUCUUCAUAAACUAUAUCUGUGAAUAGAUAAAGCACGGUUACGGGGCACAACGGGCACUUUUCCAAAUGGAUACCAGACAGAUAUCAUACAAGUGGACACACAGCAUAGAGCUUAAAACUGUAGACAAGUAGCUAUUUUUAUAGUAGUAAGAUUUAAAUCCAAACUAUUGUUUAUUUAAUAUAGUUCUAGUGCAAAUAUCUACUUUGUUUACACAAUGGUUUUUUUAAUUAUUUUAAUUAAGAGCCACAUAUGAGCAUAAAAAUCUGUAAAUGUUAAAUAAAUGUAGUUCUUGAUCUUAUUGCUUUAUUUUCUUUUGAAAGUCACAUAGCAAUAAUGUUAAAUAUAAAUGUGCUUUACAUAAUGGAUUGGUUCAUGAUCCUUGAUGUAAUGUUCUUGGAACCACAAAUCAUCCAGACAUGCAUUUAGAGCAAUGGUAAUGAACGUAGAAGACAACUGCAGGAACAAGAAGCAAUAAACUGCACACCAAAUCAUCCCAGUCUUUACUCAAAACAACAAACCUCAUCCAGCUAGUCAUGUUUGGAGACAGCAAGGUCGUGUGUAUGAACCCAAGCCAACAUACCAACAAUAAGUUCUGAAAUUAUGGUAGGAGCAUCAUAAUAUGGCGCUGCUUCUUUAAACAGAACUGUGGCAUUACAUAGCAUAUUACCAAGCAUACAACCAAGACUGGUGUUUAAAGAAGAAGGUGCUUGCAUGCCCUAGCCAAUCUCCUUACUUAAAUCUUAUUAAAAGGGUUUUGCUGAAAUGUGAAAUGCUUUACAAGGUACUUAUGGUAUUUAGUGUCAAUACUGUAUUUUCUCCAUAACAUUUAUGCUCAUGAAUGCAGUUUGUUCAUACUUGUAAGUACAAAAACAGAGUAGAUAAUUGCGGUAGAAGUAAAAUGUAGUUAAAUAUUUGUUUUCCCCCCGACAUACUGUAUUAUUAACUGUUGCAUGUUUUCAUUGGGAGUGUUUUUAAUAAAACGAAACCCAUUGAUUUAACAUUUCUGUAACAUUAAUAACUACCACUGAUUUACAUUUCAAUACAUUUUUCUGUACUAUAGAAAGAAAGACAAUCUGUUUAUAAAUAAAGUCUAUUGAUUGUUGGG